GCCGUUCUUCUGUCCAUGUCCAAGGGAGAAGAGGAGGGGCCAAAGACGUACCAGGUGUAUGUUUGUCCAUUUCCUCACUACGAAGCAAAGCCCACGAUUACCGGCGCAUUGCCGUUUCUACGUCUUGUCGGCAGUUCUUCAUCUCGGCUUCUCCAUGUGUGCUUGUGCGCUCACGUGUGUAGCGCGAAGAAGAAAACUUGAGACGAUUAGAACACGAUGUAGAUUGGGAAAUCGCAUGUCAUGUGUGUAAUAGCCCAACGGCCAUGUCGAUCAAACGUCUUUUUUUGGUCCCAAUUUUUCUCUCUCCAGUAGGUAUUCGUAAACUCCCCGUCGUCUCCCCGUGUGCUACAUCCCCAUUACCAAAACGCCAACGUUUUGUCCUUUUUCUGUGGAGGCAGCUCUUCUUUUUCUUCUUUACCUUCCCGUCGCAAAAAAAAGCAUGGUUUCGUAGAAACGUCUUUGCGGUUCAUGCCAAAAAAAUUUCUGUUUCUUGGCUCCUUUGAAACAACGUUUACUUUGGGGGCCUCACCAUCCGCCCAAUCUUCACGACCCUUUGGUUCGAGGGUGAACGAACCGUCGAUCGUCAUCCGUGCCUUGAAAAGUUGAAAGGUAACGAACGUGCUUGGGCAGCGUGGCAGCGUGGCAGCGUUUGUUGGGCGAGCAACGCAUCGCAACGCAAAGACCUUGGGUCGUUAUGAAAACGCUCGUCCUUUUCUUCGAGAACCACGCAGAAGUACAGAUAUUGGAGGGGAUGGGAACAGUUAGGUACGAAAAAUGGAGAAACAAUGAGAAAAAGAACACGAGGGAAAAAACCGUCGGCAGGUCGAGAGUCUAAUUAGACAAGAGGAGGGCCGUGAUGGCCUUCUUUUGCCCUUUUGGCCAUGCCUGUUGGGGUCUGGGCUCACCCAAGGGAAGAACGUUUCCUCUGUGCACACACACAUUGUCGUCUUUCCACACGUCUUGAUGUUGGGCUCAUCCUCGUUACCCACCUAUCAAGAACACGCCGCCUUCUGCCGCGCGAGAUCUCUGAGAAACCAGACUUUUCUCCCAAGGUUCAGCCAUUGUUAGGGCCGCGACAGGCUCGAACGGGACCACGAGGCGACGAUGCCCAUGAGAUUGAGAACAGACGGGAUGCAUCGUUAAGGGAACAAGGAAAGUUCUUCAGGGGCUACCAUACACAGGAUGAAGCCCGCCCAUCAUCUGUGCCCAUGCCUACCUACACUGUCGAGAGACGUUCGCAAGGGUCUGAGGGAAGGGGAGGGGUUAGACCGGACAAGAGAGCAGAAGAGGGGGAAAAGGGACCAAAGCCCUUCACCCUCGUAUGUUUGGAAGCACCCAUCAGGAAAAAAAAAGUAGACAGGCAUCCUGUUGGUAAUCUCCUGCCGACUGUGGCUUGUCUCAUCACCUUCUCUGGCAACAUGGACGUCUUCUCUUGCAUCAACACAUCAGCAUGGACCCGAAAUCCCAUGGUCUGGCAGUUCGCUUUGAUGGCACCUCCGAAAUUUGACUUUGUGGCUGCAGCUGGACCCCAUGUUAAGAGGACGGUCCAGAACUUCAGGGACCAGAGGAUCGUCCUGAUAAACGCAGGGAAACCCCCAGUAGCAGACGACUUGUUCCCCAGAAGACCUCAGGCAACGAGGGACCAAGUGCACGAGGAAACAGGCCUGGCACCGGACUGCGGGGAGGCACCCUUCUUCCCCGACCAACUGGACCCGGCUGCAGCAUUCAAGGACGGCGCUACAACGCCAGCUGGUCAGACGGGUGCAAGACAAGGUGGAGAAACAAGUAGGUACACUCCAAAGUUCGAAACGCAGGCAGAAAACGGAGAGAAACGUGCAUUUGCCGAAUUGAAGCCGACCCGGAGACUGAGAGCACGCUUUGUUAGAGAUGUGUUGCGAGAGACCUAUGUAUCCGUACCUACGUCACUCUGGCGGUUGAAGGACGACAAAGGACCCGCCGGAGUGUGGAGCACGGAGUCGCGGAGCAUGGACCUGAGAGCUGCUCAGUAA